AUGUCUAGAGUAUUAGAACCUUUGAUUGUUGGGAGAGUGAUAGGAGAUGUUCUUGAUUCUUUCCCUCCAACCAUCAAUAUGUCUGUUACUUAUGGCAAUAGACAAGUCUUCAAUGGUCAUGAGUUCUAUCCUUCAACAGUCACCACUAGACCAAGGGCUGAGGUUUGCGGUGGCGAUAUGAGAACAUUUUACACAUUGGUGAUGACUGACCCUGAUGUUCCUGGCCCCAGCGAUCCAUAUCUCAGGGAGCAUAUACACUGGUUAGUCACUGACAUUCCAGGGACAACUGAUGUCACGUUUGGAAGGGAAUUAGUGAGCUACGAGAUCCCAAGGCCUAAUAUAGGUAUACACAGGUUUGUGUUCGUUCUUUUCCAGCAGAAAGGCAGACAAACAGUAAGCCCACCUGCUUCGAGGGAUCACUUCAGCACUCGAAGUUUUGCUGCAGAGAACGAUUUGGGCCUCCCAGUUGCUGCCGUUUUCUUCAAUGCACAGAGAGACACGGCCGCACGAAGACGCUAG